AUAAUAUAGGAGCAAUUCUAUCCCCUGUGCAGUCAAAAAGCAAAGCCCCAACUGAGCUUGAAAUCAAAACAUACGAAAUUGAAGUGGGUUAUGAUGGAAGAUAGCAGUAGUGAGAGGAAAAGAAGUUGUUUAUCAGAAGUGGUGUCUGAUUGCGUGAGGCGAUGGUUUCAAGAAACACUCAAAGAAGCAAAAGCAGGGGAUCUUAAUAUGCAGAUCUUGGUUGCCCAGAUGUAUUAUAGUGGUUAUGGUGUUCCCGUUGAUGCCCAAAAGGGAAAAUUGUGGAUGACUCGAGCUUCAAGAGUCAGAUCUUCAGUAUGGAAAGUUAGCAAUAAGCGCCCAGGUUACAAUGCUAGUGAUUCUGAUUCAGAUGAAUUGGUAGGUGAUACUUGAUCAGCACAUGACAUAGCAUAUUUGUCAGUUCAGCAGGAAGAUCAUACAGUUUCUUACUCAAUAUUGUUCAGGUUCAUAUUGAUUGUACCAGUGACUACCUUUUUACCUGUUUCUGCUGAGAAAAAGUUAAAUUAAUUGUUUUGCCCAGAUAAAUCAGUUGUAGAUAUUCUUUAUGUACCAGAAUUGUUGUUCGGUUGUUUUAAUCUUUAAAUUAUGAAAGAAAUUUUUAGCA